CCUCUCCUACCAUCACAAGCCAAACCAUUUCCCUUAAACCAUCCAUACAACAAAACCCUUGUCACCCUUUAUCAUCAUCAAGUCUCAAUCUUCAUCCUCCCCAUUGUCAAUCACUUGGCAAAAACUUCACAAUGAGUUUCACCAAACAAAUCCACAUUCUAUUCUUUCUCUGGCUAGCCACCACGGCCACUUUGACGGUGGGCCAGGGCACGAGAGUUGGAUUCUAUUCAACUUCGUGCCCUAGAGCUGAAACCAUCGUCCAGGCAACGGUGAAGUCUCAUUUUCAAUCCGAUGCCACGGUUGCACCGGGAUUGCUUAGAAUGCACUUCCAUGACUGUUUUGUCCAAGGCUGUGACGCGUCAAUCCUCAUCGAUGGUCCUUCGACGGAGAAGACGGCUCCACCAAACCUUCUGUUGAGAGGAUAUGAAGUCAUUGAUGAUGCCAAGACACAACUUGAAGCUGCAUGCCCUGGAGUUGUCUCUUGUGCUGAUAUUAUUGCUCUUGCUGCUCGUGAUUCAGUGGUUUUGACUACGGGCAGGGUCUGGCAGGUGCCGACGGGGAGGAAAGAUGGAAGAGUUUCUUUAGCAUCUGAAACCAGCAAUCUGCCUGGUUUCACCGACUCCGUUGAUGUACAGAAGCAAAAAUUUGCUGCAAAAGGACUCAAUGCUCAAGAUCUAGUUACCCUUGUUGGAGGGCACACUAUUGGGACUUCAGCAUGCCAAUUUUUCAGCUACAGACUAUACAACUACAGCAACACUGGUGCCCCUGACCCUGCCAUUAAUCCUGCAUUCCUUCCUCAACUCCAAUCGCUCUGCCCUCAAAAUGGUGAUGGUUCAAAGCGCAUAGCGCUUGACACUGGCAGCGUUGGCAAGUUCGACACGUCUUUUUUCACCAAUCUAGGAAAUGGUCGUGGAAUUCUUGAGUCUGAUCAGAAGUUAUGGACCGAUGCUUCGACAAAAACUUAUGUCCAACGGUACUUAGGUUUGAGAGGCUUGCUAGGGUUGGCUUUCGACGUGGAGUUUGGAAAGGCCAUGGUGAAGAUGAGCAACAUCGAGUUGAAGACUGGCACUAAUGGUGAAAUUCGGAAAGUGUGCUCUAAAAUUAAUUAAAAUGGAUAGGAUUUAAUUUUGCUAUAAGAGUUUGGAAAUUAAAUUAAUGUAUUUCACCAUGUUUUGUUCUUGCUCUCCAAAUUAGUUGGUCCAGUGGGUUUGAUACCGAGUUAUUAUAAAAAUAAAUAAUAAAAAAAAAUAAAAAGGAAGCGUAAGCUUGAUUAGGGUGUAGUGUAUUAAGCUUUGAAGAAAGCAAUACAUGAAAUUAGGUUUAUUAGUUUUUAUAUAUUGAUGAUUUCUCAAGUCUUGUAAUUUUUGGAUGAAAGAAAUAAAAUUUCAAUCUACUUUUUGUUAAUUGA